GACGGAGACAAGCACUUAGAUGACACACAACCUGUGACCUGACCCAUAACUGUUGUAUUUCCAUACGUAUUGAACAUUUUAAUGUCAUUUGUUAAUUUCACGAGCAAUGUUUCCUGCGUUUUUAGCUUCCUUUUUUGUUUGCUUUUUUCGUUGAAGCUCCAGCUUCACCAGAGACGUACCGGUGUUGAAACUAAUUGAACCAAAGUGGAGCUUGAUGUAGGCAUCUUGUGCACUUGUCUUGGGAUAUUCACUAAUUUUGAAUUUGUGUUAUUAUUUUGUUAUAAUUUGCAACAAGUAAGAUUCUGAACAGAGCAUUUUCUUUUCAGUGUUACCGAGUUUUACAAUUUCUUUCUUUAUACUCCUCUGACCUCUAAACUUAGCAUAUAGCCGACUUUAGCUCGAUGCUAACUGUCUGUAAACUCAUUUGAUACUUUCAUUAUUCAUUCACUUUGUUUAAUGCACCAUGGAAGAAGAGGCCUUCACCAACAUAAGUGGCAAACCCAUAUCUCUGGACUGCCAGACUCACUCCAGCUUUUGCAGGGAGUUCACUGUUAGCUCACCCAAAAUGUCAAUCGGUAAGGUGAUGGUCUAUACCUGCUCUGUGUGGCUGCUAGCUUAUGCAGUGUUCUUCUUUACACAGAACACGGCUGUUCUCACCAGCGCCAUAUUCAUCACCCUCGUGGGUAUGAUGCUUCACAUCCACAUUGUAAAAGUAGACCAUGAGUCCCUUCUCGUCAUUGGCUCUUUGGGCAUACAGGUGUCCUCCAGCUACGCUUCAGGCCGUGAAAUAACCACUUUCAUCGAGAUGAGCAAGAUUAAAGAUAUUGUCAUCAAUGAAGCUAUUUACAUGCAUCAGAUCAUCUACUAUCUAUGUGUACUGUUGAAGGACCCUUCACAUGGUAAUUCACUGUCGGGUGUUGUGCCCUUGUUUCAGAGUUCAAAACCACGACUCAACUGUUUGGAAAAGGUUUAUAAAAGCUGCCAGGAGAUUCUUUCAAAGUGCCAGUGACAUACUAGUCCUAUAUAAACAAUAUUUUGGGGCAUUCAUUGUGAAUGCUGAGCCGAUAUGUACUUUAUCCUUGUCUUAAGACUACUUUAGACUACGUUUGUGCCCAAACUUUUAACUUUAUAUUAUGUUAAAGCCCCAGUUUCUUUCUUAUUUAUGUAUUUAGUUAGGAACUGACCAAUUGGACUGAUUUUUGUAAGAAUUCCUACUAUGUAUUAUUUUGAAAAAUAAUUUACUAUAACAUUUUUAAAACUGCUGCUUGUUUUUUGUAGCUUGACCCAUGUUUCCCAGUAGGGGGCAGCACUGCAUUAAAUAAAAUCUCUGGAAACCAUUGUUCAUGACUUAGUUCUUAGAAGUUCUUGGGAUGUACACACAAGUCAUUCUGGUCUGUAUUUGUUCACAUUGUUGACUAUGUUGGCUUUCUGAGUUUCUCUUUGUUCUCUCUGAAGAUUUAUCAGCAGAUAUUACAGGGUCAAUGUUUUUGUACAUGUAGCGCAUUAUAUUUUAGAUUGGCACCCACACCAUCAUCCUAAAAAUACAUUUUCACUUCCUCAAAUACCGUUCCUUCAUCGCGUAGAGACACUGUCACAUUUAUCAUAGAUGGCUGUUACUGUUACUUGUGUUUCCGUUUAUAAGCCUGACCUGUUUUCCAAGUGUUAGCAAAGGUUGCCUCAGACCAAAUGACGGUUGUAAAUAAAGGAUCAGGUUCUGAGGGAAUUUUACUGCACAAGAAUAGCAUUAAAAAGCGCUCUGGAUUGUCAGAUUGUUUACUUUAUUUCAUAUUGCAGUGUUAAAGAACAUAAAUAGUGACUUGAAAAGAGUCAUCCAAUUAAUUUUUCUGUGCAAUGAAACUUAUUUGUUAAUGCCAUUAAAUUCUGCGUCCUUGUGCGCUG